GGAGCUGGAGCUGUUUGCAGAGAGUGGAGCAGAGCUGGCUCAGGCUCUCAGACUGUGUGAGGGUUACAGAAUAAGGACAGCAGCAGCACUGAGCUCUGUAAUUGGACACCAAGGUCUCUCUCCUUAUAGUCAAAAGGCUCCCCUGCUUAUUUCCAUUCACUGAACUUCACCAAGGAUUCUGAAAUUGAAAGAAGAGCUCUCAGGCGCAAUAGGAGAGCAGAAACUGGGAUUAUACCACAAACCAAAUCUAUACCAGAGAUUUGCUUGAAAUAAUAGGCGUUUGGGGAUUUAUAUACAGCAGCAAAAUGAGAAGCAAGGACAGAUGAAUGAACUAAACUGAUCUCUUCUAAACUUGGGUUACAAGGUGUGGAUACAAGUGUGUAUAUUUGUAAUAAAUAUUUUGUUAAUAUGGCAAGUUCAGCGAUUCAGAUGUUGACUGGACUGGCUUUGUUUUCAAGCAUUGGAAAAGGAUACUCACAACCCCAGGCAAGAGUGUAUUUGUCGUUUAAUGAACUUCAAGAAACCAAAACAUCAGAAUACUACAGCAUAUCCCAGAGCCCACUGGACUAUAGGAUUUUGCUAAUGGAUGAAGAUCAGGAUAGGAUUUAUGUGGGGAGCAAAGAUCAUAUUUUGUCUUUGAACAUCAACAACAUAAGUCAUGAUCCUUUAAGUGUUUUCUGGCCGGCUUCUGCUAACAAAGUUGAAGAGUGCAAGAUGGCUGGCAAAGAUCCCACAAACGGCUGUGGAAACUUUGUCCGUGUUAUUCAGAGUUACAACCGUACACAUCUAUUUAUAUGCGGGAGUGGAGCUUUCAGUCCUGUAUGCACUUACGUCAACAGAGGCCGCAGGUCUGAGGAACGCAUUUUUCUAAUUGACUACAAAAACGAAUCUGGAAAAGGAAGAUGCUCGUUUAACCCAAAAGUGAACACAGUGUCUGUUAUGAUUAACGAAGAGCUGUUCUCUGGAAUGUAUAUAGAUUUCAUGGGUACUGAUUCAGCCAUAUUCCGCAGUCUCACAAAACGUAAUGCGGUGAGGACCGACCAACACAACUCAAAGUGGCUAAGCGAGCCUAUUUUUGUAGAUGCUCAUUACCUUCCAGAUGGAUCUGAUCCAAAUGAUGCAAAGGUUUAUUUCUUCUUGAAAGAACGACUGACAGAUAACAGUGGGAGCACCAAGCAGAUUCAUUCCAUGAUCGCCAGAGUCUGCCCAAAUGACAUUGGCGGUCAGAGGAGUCUUGUUAAUAAAUGGACAACAUUUUUAAAGGCCAGAUUGGUGUGUUCGGUGAUGGAUGACGACGGAACAGAAACCCACUUUGAUGAAUUAGAGGACAUCUUCCUAAUGGGAGCAGACAACCCUCGGACUACCAUGGUAUAUGGAAUAUUUACAACAUCAAGCUCAGUAUUUAAAGGAUCGGCAGUUUGCGUUUACCAUAUGUCAGACAUUCAGACUGCAUUUAAUGGACCCUUUGCACACAAGGAGGGCCCUAAUCACUUGCUGAUCCCAUACCUAGGCAGAAUCCCAUACCCAAGACCUGGAACAUGCCCUGGAGGAGCCUUUACUCCAACAGUGCUAACAACUAAGGAGUUCCCAGACGAUGUUAUUACCUUCAUCAGGAAUCAUCCACUUAUGUUUAACUCUAUAUAUCCGAUACACAAGAGACCACUUUUAAUAAGGACUGGGACAGACUACAAGUAUACAAAGAUAGCUGUGGACCGUGUGAAUGCAGCAGAUGGCAAAUACCAUGUCUUGUUCCUUGGAACAGACAAAGGAACUGUUCAGAAAGUGGUCGUUCUUCCCUCUAACAGUUCCACAAAUGGAGAGCUGAUCUUGGAAGAACUGGAAGUCUUUAAGAGCCAUGUCCCGAUAACAUCAAUGAAGAUUUCUUCAAAAAAGCAACAGUUGUAUGUCAGCUCAGAAGAGGGCAUUACCCAGGUGUCUUUGCAUCGCUGCCACAUUUACGGAACGGCUUGUGCUGAUUGUUGCCUGGCCAGAGACCCAUACUGUGCCUGGGAUGGAAAUGUUUGUUCCAGAUUUUAUCCAUCAGGAAAAAGGCGAAGUCGAAGACAGGAUGUUAAACAUGGAAAUCCAGUUACACAGUGCAGAGGAUUUAACCUGAAAGGAUACAGAAACACUGCAGAAAUUAUUCAAUAUGGAGUGAAAAACAACACAACGUUCUUGGAGUGCAGUGCCAAAUCCCCACAAGCAGCUAUCAAAUGGCUUCUGCAGAAGGAUAACGACAGAAGGAAGGAGGUAAAAAUAAAUGAACGGAUCAUUUCAACAGAUCAAGGACUCCUUAUUCGUUCUGUCCAGGAUUCAGACCAAGGACUUUAUCACUGCAUAGCAACAGAGAAUGCUUUCAAACAAACAAUAGCAAAGGUUAAUUUGAAAAUACUAGAACCAGAACUUGUGUCUUUUAUGACGGACAAAUCUCAGUGGCUUUGGGCCAGCACAUUAAGAGGGUUGCCAUUCCACCCCAAAGACGUCACAGGAGCUUUCAGUCACUCAGAAAUGCAACUGAUUAACCAGUAUUGCAAAGAGAGCCGACAGAAAUCUCGCCAUGAAGCAGACAUUCAGAAAAUCAAAGGGGACUACGGCAAGUUAAAAGUUCUUAUGAAUGAAAGAAAAAGCAGAAAUAGAAGAAAUCAGUUGCCUGGAUCUUAAACCUUUGCCGAUUUAUUUGCCCACAAAGAUUUGUUGCCCUAAUCCUACAUGAAAACACUAAAUUACUCCAUGGAAAGAGUAUUUUUGUCCACAGCAUCUGUUGAAUACGCAAUGCUAUCUUCUUUUGUGACUCAAACUGCACUCCUAAAACUGUUUGCAUGAAUCUAAAGCAUUCUGCACAAGUUGCUGCCCUUUAUCAUACCGCAUAAGCUUUCUUAAUCAAAAAAUUGUAUUCACUCUUAUUUAUUACCUUCUAUUCAGAUGGAAAUUAACAUGAACUUGUAGACAAUGUUUUUUUGUUGCUACAAAACUAAAGCUUAACGAACUAUAAACACAAAAAAAAAAAUGAGAUUGUGGCUGUAGAGAAAUGUGUAUUGAAAGUAAUUUUCAUACAUAUCUUAAAAGCCGUAGUUGAUUACCUAGGUUGUGCAAGAAUUGCUAAAAACCGAAAAGCAAAUUAUGUACAAUAACAUAUAUAGUAAGGGAUAAAAAAAAAAAAAAAGAAACUUAAGUACAUACGUAGAUCUUAAUUGACUGUGAUUUCUAAUUAAUAUAAUGCUGUCUGCACUAGGAAAAUAUGUUUCUCAAAAUAAAGUUUAUGGAGAAAAUCUCUUUUCUUGUAAGGGCAUAAAGGGAGAAUCUUUUACAGGGUAGAUUCUUUCUUUUGGUAUUGGUGAAAAAAAUAAUGUCCGUCACAUGUUAAUGAUGUGUUACAAUUUAGGACUUAUUAAUUACAUAAAAUUCUAUUGAUUGCAAGGGACCAACCUCAAUAAAGGUAGGUUAAGUCGACACCAUCUAUUUUUAAGAAAUAAUCAAUACAAAUUUUAAAUGUUUUCCUUUUAAUAGGUUAAAUAAAAAAUGAAUGCAAUGUCUCUUUAAUGAUGAUCAAGUGCUGUAUUGUAAAUCAGUGCUCCUCUUUUUAUAUGUAGAACUCUGGUGUUUCAUUUUGUGUGAUAUAAAGAUCCUCAAAAUGUCUUGCUUCAUUGGCAGCAAUUUAUAGAGGCCAUGACAACAUUAUUUGUUUAGUCUUAGAGUGUUGGGUAAGGACAGUGUAGUUUUGGAAAGGACCUAUGUAUUAAUUUUUUUGGUGAACUGCACAUAUCAUAGUCCUUGCAAGAGAUUACAGGUUCUUUUUAGACUUAUUAUUGGACCCUGAUGCUCUGUCUUUAAAGUUUUUUUUUGGCUAAAUUAGUUUUGGAAAUCUGUUUGUAGCAAAUGUGCUUUGCAAUACAAAUAGACCAUUCCUAAUUGUAUUGUAUUUGCACAUAAUUCGUACUGUUUGGAAGGCGAGCUGGGGCAGAUUAUGAUGAAUUUCUCCACACGAAAAAAGCAAGUUCUCCUGAUUUAUCAUUUAAACCUGUGGUUUUUUUAGGUCGUAUUUUUUACCUCUUCAAGUAUUCUAUUACAUUGCGUUUUACAUGGGGCACAUUUGCGCUUUAAUUAUGGUGUGUUACUACAAUACAUUUUUACUUUAACUUUGUUAUAAUAAUGACCCUGUAUAUCCGUUCAUUCAAAUUGUUAACAGAAUUUACGACCUUUGUGGGGCAAUUUUACAUUCUAUAUUUGGCAUAUGCAUCAUGCCAUAGAUAGACCUGCUAGAAUCAGAAACUACUCCAUCAGAAAUAGAUGUGAACAUGACACGAGCUGAAAAACAUAAUGAUUUCUAAUGCUGUUCUACACAUUACCUAUAGAGAACUAUAAUGCUCAUAUUUGUAGAAGAACUUUAUGUUCUUCAAAGGCACAAAAAAUGAUAAAUUGGUAACUGAGCAUAAUGUAAAGAAAAGAGAGGGUGCACCUACAAGAGUCAGUUAUACAAUUCACAAAACAAUUCUGCACACAAUAUAAGAGCAAUAUAAAAAACUAUUUUAUUAAAAUUCUAAUCAACCUAAAAUAUUAUAUAUUUAAGCACCGGUGGUAUUAUAAAUUCAUCUGAAAAAAGAUACUGCUAAGUACAAUAUUCUAUUUGCGCUAUAUAUAUAUAUAUAUAUAUAUAUAUAUAUAUAUAUAUAUAUAUAUAUAUAUAUAUAUCCUAUUUGCCUAACUAUUUAAUUAACAGAAAGGCUAGGAAAAUAGUUACAUAUAACAAUAUAACAGUGCCAUAUAUAUGUGCAAUAGUUCUUAAUAUUAAUGUAAUGCAAAUUUGAGUCCUCUGAAUAAAGGUUCCUAGUCUGAGAACCAGGCUUCAGCAAUAUAGAUAACAGAAACCUUACACAGAAAACAGAACCUUACACAAAGGUUAGUUCCUGUUAUUUGAAGAAGAUCUUUUCUCCAAGGUUUUAGUGGUACAGUCCGUUAUCGGUUUUUAUAUGAAAGACUCAUUCACCAAGGUUUUGGAUAGUAUAGUUCUUAUUAUACAAGACUAAUUCACUGUUUUUGUCCGUUUUAUAGUUUACAAUUAUAACAGUUCUUACUUGGGGUUUAAAUCAUUAACCAGAAUCUGAAAAUUGGAUUUUCUCCACUCUUAACAAACUGAGUUCUCAGUGUUCCCAUCCAUCGUUAUGGGUGUUGGCUCUGUGAUUUCCUGUCAUGUGAUUGUUGUGACCAAUCGGAAGAGAGGAUUACCGGUGUAGUGAACGGCCCAGCUGUGCAGACUGUAAAAGUCUUAGUGUAUGGAAUAAUCAGAGCGCUCUGUUUCCUUUUGUUCUAAUUUUCAUGUAGUAUACAGACUACCAUCCUGUCAUCAACAUGUUUCAGCUCUAGUCAGCCUUUUUGAAGAUGGGCAUAAUGCUAAGGCGGACUCUAGGAAAUGUGACUAAAACAAGCAAAUUGAACGCUUUUUUGAGCGCACCAGGGCACCUUGGCGAACACGAAUGUAUAGUCGGAAUAGCACAAUUUUAGACGCACUUUGCAUUAAUAAAUCAGGGAAUUUAGUCAUAUGCAAAUUUAAGGGCGCAAUUUUAGGAUAAUGUCUUUGAUAAAUCCUGCUCUAUGUGGUCUUUAAUAAUAAUGUUAACGCUAGUUCUUUAUAGACUUUUUAGACCAGAUUCAUUAACAGCGUGCAAACUACUGUCAGCUUAAAUUCUCAAACCACAGCUCAAAAAUUCCAGCCACAAUUUCUUGCCUUCUAAAAUGUUCAGGUGGCUGUUAAAUAGUUUGAAUUUCUCAUAAGCUUCACACUGAUUGUCAAUGUAUCUGUGUAGUUUAUAGUAUUUCUUGAUAGGUUAUGAUGCAAGAAUACUAAACUAUUCAUGGAAAGGUUGAUAUAGAAUUACCUGCUGAUGCCGCACAAAACAGAUACAUACUUUUUGCAUCUGCUGAAGAAUAUACCAUUACUGUUGUAUGUGUCAUCAUAUAUAACAGCAUUUAUAAAGUUUAAUGCUUUAAAUACUAAGUGCCUCUUGGGAUAUUGGCAUAUCAAUAUUAACAUUUUCAAGAGGAUAUGAGAAAUGUUAGCUUAGGGGUUAAAUCAUUACCAUCUGAUUAUCCGCUCUUAUUGCUUUACUAACCAAGGUCCACCACGUGCACUGUGUAAAAGCUUAGAGAGACAGAAUAUGUGAGCACAUAGUGACAGAAGCAUAGUCAUACCAUCUUACCGGCCACACACUUUUUGAAGCUUGGCUGUUAUCCCAAUGGUGACAUAUAAAUAUUGUUAUUUAAAACAAUGGGUAGUUAUGGGUCAGUGUUUAGGCACUACGACACUUAUGUGUGCCCAUUUAUAUGAAGUAAGUAAAGAUACCAUCUUAGCAAUGUAGACACAGGAGACUGACUGAGUGAAUAUGGUGUCUUUUAAUGACUAGCUCUGUAGUUUUAAAUUGUAAGAUUAUGGGACACUAAGUUCCCGGAUAUUUUACAAAUGGAAUGAAGCUGGAACAGUAUAUACAAUAUGGUACAUAGGUAGGCAGAAUUUAUUGUAUAGUGAGUACUUUGUUUUUUGUCAAAAUAUUUGGAGAUACAGAAUUAUUGCUCUCCAUUUAUUAUUUGGCGGAACCUCCCAGGCACUGUGUCCUACCGGGUUUGUGAGAGGGGCAGCAUCUGCUGACCACAUUUAUCAUUGUAGAAGAUGCUGCAACAUUUAGCAAGCACCGAGCAGACAAGGCUCACUCCGGUUUUGCGGACAGUGUGUAGUAAUUCAGUGCCCGCAUUUAUCAUUGCACCAGCAGCUGCUAGUGCGAUGCUGCCCCCUACUAGCCUGCAGCCAAUCAUACAUCAAUAGAGGCUGUCAAUCACCCCAUCAGACUUGUCCAGGGCUGUCAUGCAGGUUAGGAAGCAGCGGUCUGAUGACCGCUGAUUCUUAUCUAUCUGCUGCAGGCUUGCUUAUGUGAGCCUAAAGCUGCAUCUCACAGCUUUAUAAAUUCUCUGAAUUGAAUGGUAUUCAUGCUAAAUAAUCUCCCUGUAUUUAGUGAAUUGAGACUUCCCAGCAUUUGUUGUCUUCUCCCCAAGAAAGGGUCAUUAGUGAUGAGUUUCAUUCGGAGGUCUAGUGUUGUUGUUAGGUGGGUUGUCAGGACAUUUCUUGUUGGUAGUUUAGAAUAAGUGAAAAAUAUGGAAAGACUGAAAGAACAAAGUUUUUCUAUAUACUUAUUUACAUAAAUGUAUGCUAAUCUGUAUUUUACUUAAUGAAUUACCAUAUAUCUACCAAAGGUGGAAAUGCUAGUAGUAGCUGUAUGCGUCACAUUUUGUGUAUAAAAGGGUAUUUUUCAGCACAUGAGCUUAAAUUUAUCAAAAAUAAAAUCUGUAAAACUUUUUAAAAUGCUUUUUUAUAUGCAAAACAUAAAAUAAAUUACUUAAAUGAAGUACACCUGUUAAUUAUAUGAACUUGAGGAUGCCUCAUGAUUGGCCAAGGAGGCUGCCCCACAUUGUAAGUAUAUAGCUUUAGUUGUGGGCAUUGUUGCCUUACACAAAAUCUUUAUUGGUUUUACUGUAUGUGCAUAUUUACAUUUUGAGUCUUCUGUGAAUUACAGUAAGGGGCCUAUUUAUUAUGUGUCUGUCCGACAUGAUCAGAUCAGCAGAUCAUGUCCGACAGACAUCGCUGAAUGCGGAGAGCAAUACGUUCUCCGCAUUCAGCAUUGCACCAGCAGCUCUUGUGUACUGCUGGUGCAACGCCGCCACCUGCAGAUUGGCGGCCAAUCGGCCGCUAGCAGGGGGGUGUCAAUCAACCCGAUUGUAUUCAAUCGUGUUGAAUUGCGGUGAUGUCUGUCCGCCUCCUCAGAGCAGGCGGACAGGUUAUGGAGCAGCGGUCUUCAUAACUGGUGUAUCUGGCGAGUCUGAAGGCUCGCCAGAAACACAGGCCCUCAAGCUAUAUGCGGAGCUUGAUAAAUGGGCCCCAAAAUCUGAUUUGGUGAACUGGCACCUGUGAACAAUAAUACAAUAUGUAAAAUUUUGCGUAUAUUACAUAAGAUGUUUUGAGAGGUACAGUUUUGGUGAGCAUGGCCAAUAAUCAAUCCCAUAUGAAAUAAAAGAAUUACAGAUAUUCAAUGCUUUAGAAAAUCUUAAUUUUGCAUUUACUGAUUAUAUUGAAACUAAAUCACAUUGAAAUGGAGUUGCUAAAAUUAUUUUUAUUAUUAAUUAAUGCACAAGUUUAAAUUACUUAAGAUACAUUUUGCAAUGCAGGAUACAUAGUCCCAAUGUAUUUAUUACGUCUUCUUGCAUGUGCUAUUUUUAUUGUAAGUAAAACUGAAUCAUAUAUCUGUGAUUUGAUAUAUUUACUGCAAUCAGAUCGGCAUAAUGAUGGGUAGGGAUGGGCGAAUGUGUAAAUUUUCGAAUUUCGAAUGUAGAACGAAUGUUAUUACUGAAAUUCGAAUUAAAAAUCCGAAUGUUGAUAAGAACGAAUAUUUUUAAAAAUUCUAUAAUCGAAUGUUAUUUACAGUUUUCGAAUGUCACUUUCGAAUUCGAAUGUUUAUAAUUAUAUCGAAUGUCCACAUUAGAAAUUUCGAAUUUAACAUUCUAUUUAACAAAUACUAUUCAGAAGUUCAAUAGUUCAUGUGGUAGGGAGGGAAUCUAGUAAAUUGAUACUUAAUAGAUACAAAUAUAUCAUUUCAAAUAUUUCUAUAUAGAAUAUUGCAUAAUUCGAAUAUUACAUUUAAAGAAAAAGCAUUAGAAAUACUAUUACAAUCUAAAUUCGAAUUUUUCGAAGAGAAUAUUUUCGAAUGUAAUCAUAAAAUUCGAAACCGAACAUUCGAAAAUCGAAUGUUAGAAUGUUAUGUAUACAUUUGAAAUUCGAUUCGAACGAAUGAAUGUGUUAAAAUUCGUGCCGUUUUUUGAAUGUUGCGAAACAUUCGCCCAUCCCUAAUGAUGGGUGAAAAAAGUUAGAAUUUCACAAAUAAAUACAUUAUAACAAUUAGUAAAUUAUUGUAAAUAAAAAAUAUAUUAUAAUGAACUAAAUACAUGUUAUUUAGUUUGCUGUCAUAGAGGAAAUUAUAAAAAUGUUGACUAUUAAUUACUCUCACAACAACCAGAUUGUCCACUCGCAGGAAAUUUAAAUACAAUUUAAAUAAAAUUAUUUGGUAUUCUUAUAGAGUAUACAAUUAAUUAGAAUAUGAAACAUUUUAAUGACAGAACAAUAGAUCAUAAAUGUUCAAAAAGGUUUGAAAAUCAGACCAACAUGUUAUUAGAAACAAGUAUGUUAUAUUUUAGUGGUGGCUUAUGGUGUGGUUUUGAGCCUUGCAGAGUUGGAGUCUGAGUGGCCUGCUGGGUUGAGUCAUGUGGUUGCAAAUGGGGUUUGUAGGUGUGGCCAUGCAUUUUACUGGUGAAUCCUGUGCUGGGUUUUCUGUUAAAGAGAUUGGCCAAUUGAGAAGAUAGUAGAGGCAGGAAGAGCAGUUUGACAAAUUUAACAAUCCAUGACAAUUCUGAAAAAAAGUUGAAUAAUUGAAAAGUUUACUAUAUGUUUAGAGGGAGCAAUGUACAUAUAUUAUAUAACAGUAAAACAGGACAAAAAUAAAUCCUUUUAGACAGUGUACAGGGUAACCUGUUCCUCAGGGUACUUUACCAAGCAUAUUUACACCAUGAGGAACCUCUGUAAUAUAAACCUUACCUUGUAAGCAGAAAAAUAUUUCAGUUUUAUGUACAUAACUUAAUAACUAUCCCUACUAUCUUUAUUACGACGUGUAUUAUAAUAAUUAACCUUUUUUCUUCCCAUUACUAGUGAAUUAAAUGUGAGGUACAAGUUAAUUAGAUUGUAGUCUUUAUUUUGCACUUUAGUAAAUUUAGCAUCUCAUUGGAAUAUAAUCUGUCAGAAGAAAAUUACUGUCUGAAACAGUGAUGUGUGUUUUUUUAAAAGGGGCAUUGUACUUACAUUUUUAUAUUAGUAAAAGUCAUUAAUAUAAAUAGAAAAAUGACAGAAAUACAUGUUUGUACACAACUGAUACUACUGCAUUAAUAACAUUAAUAAUAUUAAUAACUGGUUGAUAGGGACAUGAGUAGAAACAAUUUACCACUAUCCUUACAAGGAAAAGUUGAUUUAUUCAGCACAGGAAAAACUACUCUUAAAAAUUUGAUGCUAUUUUGAAAUUCUCUCUUUUUUGGGAGGUUAAAAAAUGGAAUUUAAAGGGACAUUAAACCCAAACAUUUUCUUUCAUGAUUCAGAUGGAGAAUACCAUUUUAAACAACUUUCCAAUUUACUUCUAUUAUCUAAUUUGCUUCAUUCUCUUGAUAUUCUUUCCUGAAAAGCAUAUCUAGAUAGGCUCAGUAGCUUCUGAUUGGUGGCUGCACAUAGAUGCCUCCUGUGAUUGGCUCACCUAUGUGCAUUGCUAUUUCUUUAACAAAAGAUAUCUAAAGAAUGAAGCAAAUUAGAUAAUAGAAGUAGAUUGGAAUGUUGUUUAAAAUUGUAUUUUCUAUCUGAAUCAUGAAAUAAUUUAUUUGGGUUUAAUGUCCCUUUAAGUUUGAAGUGCUAUUGAUGAUGCAUAAACACUCAUAUUUGUGUGUAUCUCAUAGAACAUGUUAAUCUUUAUACAGCUGCUGAAACCUUGGAGUUAGAAUACUUUACACUGAAAUAUAACUACUUGCUAAGCAUUAUAGCAACCACUACUUGUGUACUACAGUAUACAGCAGUUGUCUUCCUGAGCCUUGUCAAGGCAUUCCUAAUCGCUAUGCCGACGGACUGUUUCUCUAGCAUCGGUAGAGAAGCAAGAGUUUAUAUUUUAAAAACAUGUAGACUAUCAUUUUUUGUCCAAUGCCAAUAAAAAAAGUUUGUUUGAUAUUAUUUGUGCUAUUUAAUGUGUUCUCAUUUUGAGAACGUUUGUAUAUAUUUUAUCUUUCUAUUGUUUUGUAGAAAUCUACCUGAGUUACGCAGCAAAAGGUAGAUGAUAUGUCAUGAACUAUAUUUUCUUGCCACACUCGGUACCUAUUCUGUUUUUGCUAUCUAGACUGUAAAGUUUGUUGGUUUUGAUGUCUUAAUUACCAUCAUUAUGCAGUUAAAAGUAGUGGAACAAUAGAAAUGUAUAAUAUCCAUCAGCAUGAUGAAACUGUUGUCACAGUGAAUAUGAACAUGUUUAUAAAACAUGUAGUAAAUUGGACAAGGUAUUUAAUUAAAAUAUUAUUGCCUGGUUAAAUAAAAUGAUUCAUAAAACA